AUGUCGUCCGCUCUCGCACGUCCCCUGCUUCGGCAAUCAGGAGCUUGGGGUCGCAUGGCGGCCCGAAGGUUCGAGUCGACCACUACCGCUAAGGCUUCCGAGGCGGCUAAGGAGACGGCCAAGGAGACUGCGUCGAAAGCCUCUUCCAACGCUUCCCAGACUGCCUCUCAGUAUGCGGCAAAGGCGUCCGAAUACACAGCCAAGGCAACCGAGUACUCGGCUAAGGCAGCGCAGGGUCUCUCGAGGGUCACCUCGUCGGCUGGACCGGCCAUUGCAGGCGCUGCCAAGGGAAUUGCGAACUCGCUGGGCAAAGUUGGCGGUCGCACCGGAAGAUUAGUCGCAUUUUUUGAGAGAACAGCACCUACGGUUUCCUACUAUUCCAAGGUCGGCUUAGAACUCGCCAAGAUCGUCUUCAGGGGCCAGAAGAUGUCACCACCUUCCCUUACUACCGUCCAAAGCUACUGGCAGCGCGUGCUGCAGUCCGCGAAGAACCCGAAACCUCUUGUUCAGACGGCAUCCAAGGUUGUAGAUCAGCCCUCCACUAUCAUACAGCAAGCGAGAAGUAUCAGCAGAGCCCAGAUUAUUAAUACCGGCGUUCUGUUUGCGGAAUGCCUCGGCUUUUUCACCGUCGGCGAGAUGAUCGGUCGCCGCAAGAUAAUUGGGUACCACGGCGGCUCUCACGCCGAGCACCACUAA